AUGGAGCCUCUCCAGCAUCAUCUUCCGCAAACUUCGCUGGCUUUUCUCGCCUUACUGGCCGUCCCGAUAACGGCGCUGGUAUGGGAUCGCAUAUUGAACCCACUUCCAACAACAAAGCGGGCCUGGCUUGUUGGCAAGAAGCAACCAUCUCGGAUCACUUCACUGGAGUGCCCAUACAGCUACAUCCGCCAGAUAUACGGUAAACACCACUGGGCCCCAUUUGUCGACAAGCUGGCGCCCAGCCUCAAGUUGGAGGACCCGCCGAAAUACCAGCUGAUCCUUGAGAUUAUGGACGGCAUCCAUCUUUGUUUGAUACUAGUUGAUGAUAUCUCGGACGGGAGUAACUUUCGCAAGGGACAUCCCGCCGCGCACAAGAUAUACGGCCCUUCAGAGACUGCGAACCGUGCCUACUAUCGCGUGACACAACUUUUAAACCGGACCGUCCACGAAUUUCCUCGUCUUGCGCCCUUUCUGAUGCAGUGCCUGGAGGAGAUCCUGGAAGGCCAAGAUAUGUCCCUUGUAUGGCGAAGGGAUGGCCUUGCCAGCUUUCCAGUGGCUCCAAAGGAACGGGAUGCAGCAUAUCGGCAAAUGGCGUCGCUGAAGACGGGUGCAUUGUUUCGUUUGCUCGGUCAGCUGGUACUAGAGAAUAAGUCCAUGGAUGCUACCAUGACUACGGUGGCGUGGUGCUCACAGCUGCAGAAUGACUGCAAGAACGUUUAUUCAUCCGAUUAUGCGAAAGCCAAAGGUGCACUGGCAGAAGACCUGCGCAACGGCGAACUUUCCUUCCCCAUAGUGGUGGCGUUGGAUGCUCCCGAGGGUCAACUGGUAGCGCGCGCCUUGGAAUACGGCUCACCCUAUAAUAUCCGUAAUGCUCUACGAGUAAUCCAGAGAGAAGAUAUUGUUCGAGGACCACUUGACUACCUUCUAAAAUCACCUGGGAAGGAUAUUCGUCGCAAAUUCAUCCACGCAUUCAACGAGUGGCUGCGCAUCCCAGAAGAGAAAUUGAAUAUCAUUACAGAGAUUGUUGGAUUGCUCCACACAGCUUCCCUACUAAUCGAUGACAUCCAGGACAAUUCCAAGCUUCGACGCGGCCUCCCAGUGGCCCACAGCAUCUUCGGUAUUGCUCAGACCAUCAACUCUGCUAAUUAUGCGUACUUUUUGGCGCAGGAGCGGCUCCGAGAACUGAAUCAUCCCGAAGCGUACGAAAUAUACACCGAAGAACUGCUCCGUCUGCACCGUGGUCAAGGUAUGGACUUGUACUGGCGGGACUGUCUGACCUGUCCCACGGAGGAGGACUAUAUCGAGAUGAUCGCCAAUAAGACGGGUGGCCUUUUCCGACUGGCGAUCAAGCUUAUGCAGUUGGAAAGUGAAACAAAAAGCGAUGUCAUCGAGCUAGCAGACUUGUUGGGGGUGAUCUUUCAGAUUCGAGAUGAUUACCAAAAUUUGCAGAGCGGACUAUACACGAAGAACAAGGGAUUCUGUGAGGAUUUGACGGAAGGCAAAUUUUCCUUCUUGAUCAUCCACAGUAUCCACAGUAAUCCGAAUAAUCAUCAUCUGCUGAAUAUAUUGCGGCAACGGAGCGAAGACGAUUCGGUGAAGAAGUAUGCUGUGGAGUAUAUCGACUCGACAGGGAGUUUCGAAUAUUGUCGGGAACGACUCGCUUCCUUGUUGGAAGAGGCAGAUCAUAUGGUGAAAGAGUUGGAAAGCCAGGUUGGACAUUCAAAGGGAAUUUACGAGAUCUUGAGGUUUUUGUCGUAA